GAUGUUUGCCAGCAGAAGGAAGCAGCAUUACUGGGCUUACUCCAUGGACUGCAGCGGGAGUGAGGCUCACAUCUCCAGCUGCAAGCUGGGCAACCACCUGGCCGUGGGCGCGGGGAAGAACGUGACGUGUGAGGACGGGCUGCCCGCCGUCGUCAGCUGCGUCCCCGGCCGGGCCUUCGCCCCCAGCAGCCACAGCGGCUUCCGAAAAGCCUUCAGGCAGGAGCAACCACUGGUGAGGCUGAAAGGAGGAGCCAACACGGGCGAGGGACGAGUGGAAGUGCUGAAAAACGGGGAGUGGGGGACGGUCUGUGACGACAACUGGAACCUGGUGUCGGCCAGCGUGGUGUGCCGGGAGCUGGGCUUUGGCAGCGCCAAGGAGGCCAUCACAGGAGCAAGGCUGGGCCAAGGGAUGGGCCCGAUCCACCUGAACGAGAUCGACUGCACAGGCUUUGAGAAGUCAGUCACAGACUGCAAGUUCAACACCGAGUCCCAGGGCUGCAACCACGAGGAAGAUGCUGCUGUGAGGUGCAACGUCCCUGCCAUGGGCUUCCAGAACCAGCUGCGCCUGAGUGGAGGCCGCAACCCCUACGAGGGCAGGGUGGAGGUCCUGGCCGAGCGCAACGGCACCCUGAGGUGGGGCACGGUCUGCAGCGACAACUGGGGCACCGUGGAGGCCAUGGUGGUGUGCCGGCAGCUGGGGCUGGGCUUCGCCAGCCACGCCUUCCAG